UGACUGUCAUUAUUUUUCAGCCUCCCAGCCCUAACCUGGCUGAUAUAGAUCAGAUGUUGAUGGAAUAGAAGCUGCCCCAGUCUUGGGUUCAUGAUGUACGCACCAGUUGAAUUUUCAGAAGCUGAAUACCCACGAGUGGAAUAUCAAAGAAGACAGCAAUUUUGGGACCCUAUAAGGCUAGCUCUUUUCACACUGGUGAUUGUAGCAAUCAUAGGAAUUACAAUUGGUAUUGUUACUCAUUUUGUUGUUGAGGAUGAUAGGUCAUUCUAUUAUCUUGGCUCUUUUAAAGUCACAAAUAUCAAAUACAAAGAAAAUUAUGGAGUGAAAUCCUCAAGGGAGUUUACAGAAAGAAGUCGUCAGAUUGAGAGAAUGAUGUUUAGGAUAUUUCGACGUUCUUCUGAAGGGGGUCGAUUUAUCAAAUCGCAUGUUAUCAGAAUAAGUCCAGAUGAACAAGGUGUAAACAUUUUUAUGGUGCUAAUGUUUCGAUACCCAUCUACUGCCAGUGUGGAACAAAUCAAGAAAAGAAUUGAAAAGAUUUUUUAUCAAAGUUUGAAGAUUAAACAGUUGCCUUUGACUAUACAUAAACCAUCAUUUAGACUCACACCUAUUGAUGGCAAAAAGAUGAGAAAUCUUCUCAACAGUCGCUGUGGGAUAAGGAUGACAUCUUCGAACAUGCCACUACCUGCAUACUCCUCCACUGAAAGGAUUGUCCAAGGCAGGGAGACCGCUGUGGAAGGGGAGUGGCCGUGGCAGGCCAGCCUGCAGCUCGUGGGGGCCGGCCAUCAGUGUGGCGCCAGCCUCAUCAGCAACACGUGGCUGCUCACCGCGGCCCACUGCUUCCGGAAAAAUAAAGACCCAAGUAAGUGGAUCGCUACUUUUGGUACAACCAUUACACCACCUGCAGUGAAACGAAGCGUGGGGAAAAUUAUCAUUCAUGAAAAUUAUCACAAAGAGACAAAUGAAAAUGACAUUGCUUUGGCUCAGCUGACUACCCGAGUCGAGUUUUCAAAUAUAGUCCAGAGAGUCUGCCUCGCCGAUUCCUCUAUAAAGUUGCCACCGAAGACAAGCGUAUUUGUCACGGGAUUUGGGUCCAUUGUAGACGAUGGACCUACACAAAAUAAACUCCGGCAAGCCAGGGUAGAAACCAUAGGCACUGACGUAUGUAACAGAAAGGACGUGUAUGAUGGCAUGAUAACUCCAGGAAUGUUAUGUGCUGGAUUCAUGGACGGAAAAGUAGAUGCAUGUAAGGGUGAUUCUGGUGGACCUCUGGUUUAUGAUAACCAUGACAUCUGGUACAUUGUAGGUAUAGUAAGUUGGGGACAGUCAUGUGCUCUUCCCAAAAAACCUGGAGUCUACACACGGGUGACUAAAUAUCGAGACUGGAUUGCCUCAAAGACCGGUGUCUAGCGUGCAUUGUCUGAGUUACAUCCAUGGCACAUGGGGCUGAAACUCUUGCAUAUUGUAUAAUAUUUAUAUUCAUGUGGUUUGGAG